CCGUGUGUUACAUUUAAAUGACUUGACUUCGCCAUAUUUGACUCAGUUUCUUCCUGAACUUUUCAAGCUGUCACGACUUUUAUCGGAAUUGUGAAUUAAUAAACAUGGGUGCUUGUUUGGCUCUGGGUGCCCUUGGCAGUUGUGCGUCCUGUUUGUGCGGCUCGGCCUCCUGCCUCCUGUCGUCAUGCUGCCCUUCGACCACCAACUCCACCAUGAGUCGGCUGGCCUUCUCCUUCCUGCUGCUGCUCGGGACCCUGGUGUCUGUCAUUAUGAUUCUCCCAGGCAUGGAGGGACAUCUUAAACAGAUUCCAGGUUUCUGUCUCGGUGGCACAGCCAUACCUGGCCUAGAAAACAAGGUGAACUGUGACAUCAUGGUCGGCUACAAGUCAGUGUACCGCAUGGGCUUCGCCACGGCCUGCUUCUUCUUCCUCUUCACCAUCAUCAUGAUCCGAGUGCGCAACAGCAAGGACCCCCGAGCCGCCAUCCAAAAUGGUUUCUGGUUCUUCAAGUUCCUGCUGCUGGUUGGCAUAGCUGUGGGAGCUUUCUUCAUUCCAGAUGGCACCUUCAAUACAGUGUGGUAUUACUUUGGCCUGGUGGGCUCCUUCUUCUUCAUCAUCACCCAGCUGAUCCUGCUGGUGGACUUUGCCCAUUCCUGGAACCAGUCCUGGCUGCUGAAGGCAGAAGAGGGAAAUACAAAGUGCUGGUUUGCAGUUCUGCUGUCCUUCACCUUGUUCUUCUACACCGUGGCUUUCUCUGCCGUCGUGCUUUUCUACGUAUUUUACACCAAACCCGACGACUGCACCGAGCACAAGGUCUUCAUCAGCCUCAACUUGAUCUUCUGCAUCAUUGUGUCCAUCGUGGCCAUUCUGCCCAAAGUUCAGGAGGCCCAGCCCACCUCCGGCCUGCUGCAGGCCUCCUUCAUCUCCUGCUACACCAUGUAUGUGACCUGGUCGGCCAUGACCAACAACCCCAACCGCCAGUGUAACCCCAGUCUGUUGAGUUUGGUCCAGAACGUCACCACUGUAGGACCGACUCCGACCCAAGCCCCGGGCAGCGUCCAGUGGUGGGACGCACAGAGCAUCGUGGGAUUGGUCAUUUUCCUCUUCUGUACUCUUUACGCCAGUAUCCGCUCGUCCACCAACACCCAGGUGAACAAGCUGAUGCAGACCGAGGACCACCAGGGUCUGACCAGCGAGUACAGUUCCACAGGCGAGGACGGAGUCCGGCGGGCCGUGGACAACGAAGAGGAGGCGGUCACCUACAACUACUCCUUCUUCCACUUCAGCCUUUUCCUGGCCUCCCUCUACAUCAUGAUGACGCUCACCAACUGGUACAUGCCCGACACGGACUCCCAGACCAUGCAGAGCACCAUGCCGGCUGUGUGGGUGAAGAUCUGCUCCAGCUGGCUGGGCCUGGCCAUCUACCUGUGGACCCUGGUGGCCCCGCUGGUGCUCUCCAACAGAGACUUCAGCUAAAACACAGGGAAGUUUGUCAACGCGGCCGUUAGCCGGUUGCUGUUUGCACCUUGAAGAAAGCUAGCGUUAGCUCCAAAUUGAUUGUUUGCUUUCCUUGCAAUUCCACAUUUAAAAUCGGAGAAUGAAAUGGUAAUGUGCUUUGUUUUUGACUGGAAGCCAUUAUAUGUUUAUUUUUUUGUGGCUCAAAUUGAAGGUAGACGUUUUGUAGGAACACUAUUGUUUUGAGAUGAGCUUUAAUCACACAUUCCAAUUUAACCUCAGGUUAUAUAUAUUUUUUGGUAUAUUUUUCUUUACGGUUACAAAUAUUCUAAUUAAGAGCACUACAUGCCUUUUAAGACCGUAUACAACUUAAAUGAUCGCUUUGGGGAACUGAUGUUUUGGCUUUGUUUAACGUUUGUACUUUUUAUAUCAUUGCUUUUAAAUCAGCUGGAUUUCAUGGAAAGGUGUUGUCCAAAUUUGAUAGAUUAAUUAUGCAUUUGCUCUAUUGCCCAAUUUUAUAACAAGUGCCUUAUAUUUUGCAAACAUUCAAAAGAGCCAUUUUUGAUAUCUUUAAAGUAUUUGGUGUAAAGUUGCUUCCUCAAUAUGCUGUAUGUUCACUUUUCAUUCUAAUCAAUAAAGUUCACCGUCUCUUUA